AUGGCCCAGUCCCCUCCUCUGCAGGGCCUCCUCGGCCACGACCACUGGAUCUUCCCCCACGGUUGGGGCUGGACCGGCCACUCGGACUCCACGUCCCCGGCCUCCUCCUCGGAUUCGUCGGGCUCGUGCCCCUGCGACCGUGCCCGCGGCCCCUCGCAGCCGGCGCCCCCAGCCCCCAGCGCCUCAGAGGCCGCCUCGACGGCACCCGGACGUGCGCGGACCCGGCCAGCAGGCGGGCAGCGGCAGAGCGCCAGCGAGCGCGAGAAGCUGCGCAUGCGCACGCUCGCCCGCGCCCUGCACGAGCUGCGCCGCUUUCUGCCGCCGUCCGUGGCGCCCGCCGGCCAGAGCCUGACCAAGAUCGAGACACUGCGCCUGGCCAUCCGCUACAUCGGCCACCUGUCGGCCGUGCUGGGCCUCAGCGAGGAGAGCCUGCAGCGCCGGCGCCGGCGGCACAGCGACGCGGUGCUCCCUCGAGGCUGCCCGCUGUGCCCCGACGGCGGCCCCGCGCAGGCGCAGACGCAGACGCGAGGGUGCGGCCCUGGCUCAGCCGCUAGCUCCGCGGUGUCCUGGGGGUCCCCGCCCGUCUAUCCCGGAGCCCUAGCGGCGCCCGAUCGCCUGGGGAGCAGGGUCCCCGAUAUGGGUCCCUGGGUGACACCCCCUUACUGCCCCGGGAUGCAGUCGCCCCUGCAGCUGUCCCAAGGGAGAGCCCCUGAAGCGGCCCGUUGGACGCCGCCCCAAGCCUGUUCCGGAACGCAGACACCCCCAGAGCCCCGGAACCAGGCCACGCCCUGGACCUCGCCCCCCGCGAUGGAGCUGGCUGCAGUGUACCAGGGUAUCUCUAUGUCUCCGGAGUCCUGUGUGUUGCCAGAAACCCCUCCUGUCCUGCCCCGCCCAGCAUGCCAGAGACUCCAGCCUGAGACCCAGUGGGGAUGGUGGAGCCACAGUGCAGAGGUGCUGCCCAGCUCGGAGGACCAAGGACCAGGCCCCGCCUUCCAGCUCAGUGAUGAAAGCCCUCCCCAGAGCUCAGGCGUACAGCUCAGUGGCUGCCCUGAAUUUUGGCAAGAAGACUUGGAGGGGACUCACCUGGGCAUCUUCUACUAA